GAGGAGGAGAAGCAGGAGCAGGAGGAGGAGGAGGAGGAGGAGGAAGUGUCAUCUGUGGACAAUACCUGGAAGGGCAAGGGGUGGUGGGUGUCACUAAAAGGAACCAGCCCCAGCUACUUCACUGCAGGCUGGUGCCCUGGUGAAGGUGAAUCAGUCAGAGGAGUGCUGACUGCCCAUGGGGCUGCACCAUAUCAUGGUUCCCACUAGCAAUAUAUGAGAGUUCCAGUUGCUCCACAACCUCGCCAACAUAUGACAGGUGCUCCAAGAGGAUGGUUAUUUAACGCUGGCCCCCAAGGAGGAAGGCACAGACCUUCCUCCUCCUGGAACGUCCAAGGGCACUGGAUCCUCUGUGUCCCUCUGAGAUGGGGUGCCACUCCAGCAAGAGCACCACGGUGGCAGCUGAGUCCCAGAAGCCUGAAGAAGAGCGCGAGGGAGGAGAGCCAGGUCUGGAGACCGGCACCCAGGCAGCAGACUGCAAGGAUGCCCCGCUGAAGGAUGGAACCCCUGAGCCAAAGAGCUGAGAUGCCUCUCUCCAGAGUCGGACCCUCACCUCCUUCCUGGAACUGCCUUUGGCCCAAGAACCAUGAGACAAUCCCCACCCUGAGAAGCUCCGAUCACUGGGAGGAGAGAGAAAGCCUCCAGCUUUGGGAUUCAGGCUUCAGAAGUUUUUAGCAGCCUUUGCUCAUUGGAGAGGCGGGGAGGAUAAGUCUGUAAGGAAUCCUAUUUCCCCAGCUCUCCCACAGAGAGGACAAAAGAAGUCUUCACAUGUUGUGGAACUUUCCUGCAACUUCUGGAUGCAGACAAGCCUCAGAGCAGACUGUUCUGGCUCCAGUGAAUAUCUGCUGCCAAGCUGUGAGCAUCCAGGGAUCCCCGUCUGCCUGGCUUUCCUGAAGUCAGAAGGCGCCUUGGUCAUAAUGUGUGGGGUGUGUGGAUCUCAGUUUGCUCUCUUUCUUUCUCCUUUUUUCAACAGCUGGCGGAGUAGCCAACACCCCUGACAGCAAUGUGUUGCACUUGGCUCACUCCACACCCUGUCUAUGAAUAAUUUUAAUAUUUAACUUGAAAUGUUGUUAAGAAACUAUGGAAAAUAUCAGGAUCCCACUGGGAUCCCGUAAAUUGAAGGCAACAAGGUCUUGGUCCUCCAGUAAGGGGGGCAUGGAGCCCUGGUGGGAAGGAAAGAAGAGAGAUUUGUGUUCCUGAUUCCUUAAUCCCCAAGAAAGGUCCCUCUGCUAACAUUCACAUAUCUCUUCCUAGCCAAAGUCUGUCCAUUUCAACCCUCUAGCAUCUGAGCUAUCUGCAUCCAGCUUUCAAAAAUAUUUCGCUGUUUACUAACAUGUCUGUCAGCCUUUCUUUUCUCCCCCGCAUGUGUUUUGUUUUUAAUUCCACUCAAAAGCAUUUUCAUUUGAAAUCAAAUAGACAUGUUUGCAAAUAAAUGAUGACACAACACAUUUGAAAGACAGAAUUGGGGAUCUGAGAUUAGAGGAUCAGCAGAGAAGAGUGGGUGUAAUUCUCUGGAACAGGAGUGAGAACAGAGGCGAGGGAGCCGUUGCUUUGUGCCAGGCGCCAUGCUGAGGACUUUCCGUAGACGGUUUAAUGCCACCCAACUACUCCCAUUUUAUAGAUGAGGAAAUGGAGGAAAUAAAGUCACUUGCCUGAGUUUGGGCAGCCAGGAAGGAGCAGAACCCACAGUUGAGCCCCAGCAGUUUGGCUUGGGAAACGCAUGUAGAGUGCUUCUUAAAGCAGAGAGCCUUUCUCAUGAUUAAACUGAAAUACUAGUCCUUUAUAGCCUGUGCAUAGUGAGGACCAUUUUUCUUUAUUCACUGGGACCCACCUGCCUAUUGAGAAGUACGUAACCGGUCAGCUUGGAGUUGCCCCACUGCAGGUUGGGUGAUGCAUUGAGGGACUUUUUAUUUUUACUCUGGUGGUGGGGGACGGGGAGGGAGGAAGAGACGUAGAGGGAAGUGGGAGAAGGAAGGGAGGGAAGGGAGGAAAGAUGAAGAAAGGGAGGAGGGAGAGGAGGGGGGAAGGGAGAGAAAGAGGAAAGAGGUAGGGAGAGGGAGAAGAGGAGGGAGGAGAGAGGGCAAGAAGAAAAAGGAGGGGAAACAGAAAGAGAGGGAGGAGGGAAAGAAGGAGAGGGAGAGAAAGGGAAGAGGUAGGGAGAUGAAAGAGCAGGGAGAGGUGGAGAGGGAGAGAAGGAGAGGGGAGACGGAGGGAGGAAGGGAGAGAAAGGAGAGGGGUGAGGGAAAAGGGGUAGGGAGGAGGGAGGAAGAGAAAAAUGGGGAGAGGGUGGGCGAGAAGGAAAGGAAGAAAUCGAGGAAGUUGGAGGAAUGAGGGAUGAGGCAGGGAGGGAGAAAGGGAGGUCGAAGCAGUAAGGUGCUGCAAAGGACCCUUCUUUUUGGCCAUAAAAACCUGAGAAACUGAUUGAGAUUCUUUUGAGCAAUAAGGCAACUGCGGUGAGGAAGAAAUAAGGAAGGAGGCACAAAAAGCAAAGCAGUUCAGCCUGAAAUUGACUACAGAGCUUCCCUUUGCUUCAGCAGACCCUGGAGGAGCAGGAGGGAUGGGGGCCCUGUCAGCUGGCCCAAAGCCCUGCCCUGUCCCAGGGGUGCUAAGCUUGCUGCAGGCCAGGAAACAGGCCUGGGCUUGCAGCUGGGGAUCAGGAAGUUUGGGGCCUCUUUGCACAGCUUACUGGGGAUAGGCCAAGCUCUGGGAACUCCUUUCAAUUUUUUUUUUUUUUUUUUAAGACAACUCUGUUUUUCUCCCUCCUCCCUACUAGUGGAAAUUUACCUUGCAAAACAGGACCGUGCAUGGUGAGAGCUGCUUGCAAUGUCCACACUCAGGACUCUAUGGAAAGAGUUCGCAGCUGGUGGUGAGGCUCUGAGGUGGGGCUGCCCUUAUUUCACUAGCUCCUGAGGGGCAGAGCUCACUCAGCUUUUUACCAAAUCAAAGGAAGGAAGCUUUAGGUCCUUCGAAGUUCAGAAACAGGGUGGUUUGUUUUGCUUCCUUUUGGAAUGGAAUAAAAUGCUCAUUUAAUUAAAUUCAAGUUCUCUGAGGGCUUUUAAAAACAGAAUUCUUCAUCUACCUCCAGCUGUGGCAGGCAUGCUGCAAUUUACUAGGAAGUUAAUCUCUAACAGAAAAAAGUACUCAGUUUCCUUUUAAGGACAUUCCAGUUAUCCACUGGAGCCUGGCAUCACUCGUCUGUCUCCCUUUGAGGUUCGAGAAUUUCUAAAGCGCCUGGUAAAAGUGGUCAGGAUUAUGUCUACUGAAAUAUAACUUUAACCUCUGGAAAAACAGGCCUGCAAAGGCCAACUUCCCAAACUGCUGGAAGAGGAGAGGUUUAUUAGUUAACGUAUCUAUCCAUCCAUCAUCCAUCCAUGCCUCCUUCCUUCCUUUCAUCCAGCCAUCUAUCCGCCCAUCUUUCCAUCCAUUAUCCAUCAUCCAUGCAUCCAUCCAUCCACCCAUCUGUUCUUCAGUCCUUCCAUCUUUCUUUCCAUCUGUCCAUCCACCCUUUCAUCCAUUAUCCACCCAUCCAUCCAUCCACCCAUCUGUUCAUCAGUCCUUCCAUCUUUCUUUCCAUCUGUCCAUCCAUCCUUUCAUCCAUUAUCCAUCCAUCCAUCCAUCCAUCCACCUAUCUGUUCAUCAGUUCUUCCAUCUUUCCAUCCAUCCAUUCAUCUUUCCAUCCAUUCAUCUAUCCAUUUAUUCAUACAUUCAGCUCUUACCCUGGAUUUUUUAGUUACAUGAGGCAAUACAUUUUUUUCUUUCAACCAAUUGAUUCAUUCAACAAAUAUUUGUUGAGUUUCUACUCUAUCACUCAUCAUUCAUUCAUUCCUGUAUUCAUUUAUUAAUUCAGUGUUUACUGGGCAACUACUCUAUGCCAAACUCCUUAGUGUUCAUAAAAUGUUCAUAAAGUGCCAUCUUUGUGGGAGUACCACCUGGAACAGGGUGGUCCAGGGAGAUCUUUCCAGUCUCAAUGAGACUCAAGAGCUUUCAAGAGUAAGUUGGAAUUAGACAAACAGGAUGGGUAUUUCGGAAGGGAAUGUAUGACCUGGAGUUGGAUACAAGAACUGCAUGGGGCACAAUGUACAGUGUAAUAGGAGCCUAAGGUGCCCACAGCACAGGGACAGGGAGGUAAACCUUGACAAGUAAAAAAUCAAAUCAGGGGCUGGGCACAGUGGCUUACACCUGUAAUCCCAGCACUUUGGGAGGCCACAGUGGGUGGAUCAUGAGGUCAGGAGAUCAAGACCAUCCUGGCCAACAUGGUGAAACCCCGUCUCUACUAAAAAUACAAAAAAAAAAAUUAUCUGGGUGUGGUUGUGCAUGCCUGUAAUCCCAGCUACUUGGGAGGCUGAGGCACGAGAAUCGCUUGAAUCUGGAAGACGGAGGUUGCAGUGAGCCUAGAUUGCACCAUGACCAUGCACUGUAGCCUGGCGACAGAGUGAGACUCCGUACCAAAAAAAAAGGGAUCAAAUCAUGAAGUGCCUUGUAUUUUACACUGAGAGCUUGAGAGUUUAUCUUGAUGGGCGCAGUGGGGUGUCUUUCGGCAGAAGAAUGAUGCUAGGACGUCAGUGGCUUUUGACUGGUUAGUAUCCUGUUCUUUUAGUAACAAAUCUUAUCUUUUUCCUCAUGGGGAACCCUUUCCUCACUCUCAGUUUACAUGAUUGGGUGGGGCUGAUCCCAUUCUUAAACUUCAGCCUGAGCACUGCAUAGCCCCUGUCAAAGUGAUAGGUUCAAGGGCGGGUGUAGAAACCCAAACUAGUCCACUGAGAGUCUU